GGGCGCUGGGAGCCCGGGUCCGCCCAACCGGAAGUGAAAGUGAUUGCCUAGUUGAUCCGGGUCAGAGUGUCUGACAAUCAGCGGAGAGAAAAAUCGGUAAAAAAGGAAGGUUUCAGCUGACAUUGAAAUGACCGAUCCUGACGUUGGUGCCAUAAUGGGAUUCUCCGGGUUUGGAAAGAAAGCUAGAACCUUUGACUUGGAGGCUAUAUUUGAACAGACUCGUCGCACUGCAAUUGAGAGGAGCAGGAAAGUGCUGGAGGAGGAGAGAAGUGUGGAGAGGCCCUACGAGCCAACAAGCUGCGCUGGGAGAUCAGGUUCCCCCUCCAGGAAAGGCCACACUGGAGAUUUGACCAGAUCACCUGUUGACAGCGAAAAUGGAAGUGAUGACAGUGACAAUGAAAGUGAAAAAUCUGGACCCACAUUACCAUCGCAGAUGCGUAGAUUGGAUGUUGAGGGGGAAAGUGCUGUGGGCCCCCCUCUACCCCUGGGAUAUGGUAAACAGCAAAGUGAGACAGAUGAAGAGGAUGAUGAGGAGAAGGAGGAUGAUGAAGAUGAAAACCCAUUGAAACGGAUUCCAGACUCGCACGAAAUCACACUAACCCAUGGCAAAAAAACAGUGUCAGCACUGGGACUGGAUCCUUCGGGGGCGCGGCUCGUCACCGGGGGCUACGAUUACGAGGUGAAGCUCUGGGACUUUGCUGGAAUGGAUGCCUCACUACAGGCCUUUCGAUCAUUACAGCCCUGUGAAUGCCAUCAGAUUAAGUCGUUGCAGUACAGCUCAACAGGCGAUGUGAUUCUGUGCGUGGCUGGAAGUGCCCAGGCCAAGGUGUUGGACCGUGAUGGCUUUCAGGUGAUGGAGUGUGUGAAAGGCGAUCAGUACAUUGUUGAUCAAGCUAAGACUAAGGGACACACAGCCAUGCUGAAUAGCGGAGUUUGGCAUCCAAAAAUCAAGGAGGAAUUUGUUACUUGUUCAAAUGACGGAACAGUGCGCACUUGGGAUAUGAACACUGAGAAGAAACACAAGAGUGUUUUCAAGCCACGUUCUAUGCAAGGGAAGCGAGUCAUUCCCACCACAUGUGUGUACAGCAGGGAUGGCAAGUUAAUCGCAGCUGCGUGUCAGGAUGGUUCUAUUCAGAUAUGGGACCGGAACCUCAAUGUGAGUGUCACUUUGUCCAACAGCAGCCGACAUGUAAUCUUCACUGCACAUGACCCGGGCAGAGGAGGACCUUUUCCCCCCCACCAAGUCCUGAUGAAGGGAGAUGACACCAUUAAAACCUGGGAUAUGAGGAAUUUCCGGAAUCCCUUGAAUGUGGCAUCUGGUCUGCCCAACAUCUUUCCAAUGACAGAUUGCUGCUUCAGCCCUGAUGAUAAGCUGCUGGUAACUGGAACAUCAGUGAAGAGAGGACAGGAGAAUGGGAAACUGGUGUUCUUUCACAGAGAAACAUUUCAAAAAUUGUAUGAGAUUGAGGUCACUGAUGCAAGCGUUAUUCGAUGCUUGUGGCACCCAAAGCUGAACCAGAUCAUGGUGGGGACAGGAAAUGGAUUAGCAAAAGUCUACUAUCAUCCAGUCAAAAGUCAAAGAGGGGCUAAACUUUGUGUCGUGAAAACAAAGCGAAAAGCAAAGCAGAGUCAGACUGUCACACAGGAAUACGUCAUUACACCACACGCCCUGCCCAUGUUCCGGGAACCCAGGCAGAAGAGCACCAGGAAACAGUUGGAGAAAGAUCGUCUUGAUCCUGUGAAAUCCCACAAGCCGGAACCUCCAGUAUCUGGACCAGGCCGUGGUGGACGCGUUGGUACUCAUGGUGGAACGUUAUCAUCAUUUAUUGUGAAGAACAUCGCUCUGGAUAAAACAGAUGACAGCAACCCGCGUGAAGCUAUCUUACGUCAUGCAAAAGAAGCCGAACAAAAUCCAUACUGGGUGGCUCCGGCCUAUGUGAAAACCCAGCCACAUGCCGUGUUUGCAACCCCAGAGGCCGAGGAAGAGGUGGAGGAUGAUGAGCCUGAGUGGAAGAAGCGCAAACUAUGAACACAAUGUGGACCUUGGACUCUUGGCCAAUGAGGUUGGCUGCAGCCAUGGCUAGUUUCACAUCUCUGUUACCUGUUUCUAUUAGUGGCACGGCAUCGGGACUGUUCGAGACAUGAGUUGAGGGAGGUGGAUAGUGAACGAGUGAGUGUAGGAUAUUGAGGUAUUUGGGUUAUAUUUGAUGAAGGAGUGGGUUUUAUAGGGUUGGGUGAAUCAGUUGAUUUGGGAAAGGUCAGUAAGGAUGGGUGAGGGCAAGGAUAGGGCACGGAGGAGAUCAAUGUACUGACUGUCUUUUUGCUUUGCAACUGCUGUCACAUGUCCUGUUGUUAAAUUUUUUCUGAUGUUCUGUUCUGAUUAAUGUUAAUAAAAUCUGAUGCUGGAUAAUUCAGCCUCUGAGCUUAAGUUAAAUAA